GUAAAUCAUUAAACCUUGCUUGUGAAGACAGCUACAGAUACACUUAUAAACAUCAUGCUUCAGUCUAUUUUUAUAAAAAAAAACCACUUAUGCUUGUUAACAAGGCUGGGUAAUAACUGGGUUAUUAGAAUGAGGAUGUUUAAGUAGGCGGGCAUUGAUGGAUAGGGAUGAAACUUUGUGUGUAGGUAGCUUAUGUGAAGAGCUAGCUUGGGAGCACUUUUUGGGGGUGUGGGGUCAAGGUCAUUGUUACUAAACACAGAAACAUGGUGUCCCCCCGAAUAACUUUAGUUAGGAUUGAUGGAUAAUGAUAAAACUCGAUGAGUAGAUAUCAUAUGUGAAGAGCUAGGUUGAAGGGGGUAGGGGUCGAUGUCAACAUUAAUAAAAAAUUAAAGUAGAAUAGCUUUUUACCUUUAACUUAAGCUAGGAUUGAUGAAUAGUGAAUACACUUGCCCAUUUGAAGAGCUAGCUUUGGAUUACUUUGGGUGUAUGUGGGGUCACUUAAAAUAGAGAAAUGGUGUCAGCUGAAUAAUUUAUAUUAAGAAUGAUGGAUAGUGAUGAAUCUUGGUGUGUAAGUAGAAGAAUGAUUGAUAGUGAUGAAACAGUAUGUAGGUAGCUUAUGUGAAGAGGAGGCUUGGGAUUACUUUUAAAGAAGGUGCAGUCAAGAGUAAAAAUCAAAAAGCUGAUCAUGAAUACACUGCUUUUCCUGUGCGUCGACCAGUGCCUCCAGAACCGCCUGACACCAGCCAAUCAGAUGACUCCAGAUUCAGCCAAUCAGAUGAGGUGUUAGCCAAUCAGCUAGAGGAAAUGACAUUUGAAGAGAGGCUACUUAAUGGAGUUGAAGAACCUGAAAAUCUUGGGAAUCCAGAUUACGAGGAUCCUAGAGAUUUGAGCAUGUCUGCAACACUACAGAUUCGAGUCCCGCCUUCAAUACCCUACCCUGAAGAGGCACCCCCAAUCCCACUCCCUCGCAGAUCCCAGGGAAACAAACAUGCUGACGGAGAGGAAGUGUUUGCUAUUAUUUCCUCAAUACACCGUAAUGAUAAAAUGUCGGACGGCUCAUAUACCAACUUCAAAGGUCAUGACCAGGAACCUUCUCAGAAAGAGAAAAGUUUCUUUGAUUCCUCUUCAGAUAGCUCUGAUUCUGAAAAUGAACCUUCUCCAAGAUUUAGUGCAAACAAACCGCAUGUUGAAAGCAGACAUGCUGUCAGAACAAAGAAUGAUGAUGAUGAUGAUGACAGAGUAACUAGUCUGCCUGAGAUAGUAAGUGUUCACCCACAAGAAUCAGAUACUUCUGAAGAUGCUGAUUUUCUUGGAGCCUCAUUCUGGCUGCGAAAUAGGAAGUCAGACACCACUGAAGAAGAAGAGGCUGAGUCUUGUAUUCCUCCAGAGCCUGGUGAACGACUUGACUCUCUUGGUGUCAGCAGGGAAACAGCUGACCCUCCAGUAGCACACAGUGUUUCUGUAAAUGCAAACUCAUACUUGCAUUCCCUAAAUCAACGAUCAGAUAGUCCCACCUUAAAUUCACUGGGUCAGGCCCCUAUCCCCCAAGCAUGUGUUGAAAAGGAUACUUAUUCCAAUACUGAACUUCAGGAUGCGUUAUCCCUGUAUGAUUAUCCAAAACCUACAGCCAAAGAACAAACUUCUCCAAGUGCCUUGUAUAAAGAAUUGCCUGCUAGGGCUGAGCCCAAAAGUGUACCAAGCAAUCUUUCUAACUGUGAUAGUGGUGCUGUAAGUAAUAAGGAUGAUAUUGGACAGUAUGAAACCUUGGUAAGAAGAACUGAAGGAAAUCCGAUAAGUUUUGAUGAUAAACCGAGUAGAGAAACUACACCUGAUCUGUCUAUAAGUCAGCCGUAUGAGACUGAUGAACUAUAUGGAGCAGCCUGGCUCUGCUCCAGUGUAAAAGACCAAGAGGUGACUGACAUACCAUUACCUAAGAGAAAUAACCAUAAAGAAGACUGGACUCCGAACAAGAAUGAACCGAAAAAGAGCUUUGAUACAGAAUUUGAACCAGGAAUGAAACCUGAGAAAUUCACAGUUGACCUUGAUGUGCCAAAUGCUGCAACAAAACCUGCUGAUCAUGAACAACAUGCUACUAACAAUCAGUCUAAAAAUACAUCAAAUAAGGAUGAAGGUUACAUAAAACAUAAGCACAUGAGUAAGAUUAAAAAGAUGUUCUCAAGAAAGUCGGAUGAAAUUGAGCUUCCGGAAACAUUAGUGGUAGAUUUGCCACCAAGGGCCUCGCCAAAUAGCCCAGGCUACGGAGCUUCAGGGUCGAAGGAGUUGAAUAUGUACUCUGACUUACCUGAACACGGAUCAAGUGCCUCCUCAGCAAACCAUGCGGCUGAAACUGACAAGAAUCCUUUAAUGAAACCUAUACAAAAUGGUCAGCCUUUCUGUGCUGUUAAUAGACCACAACUUAAUCUCCCUAGGAGAGACUUUGGUGAACUUAAAACUCCACAUAUUUUCUCAAAAUCAAUGGUAGAGAGAUCGUCGCCAGCAAUUUGCAAUCAAGACACAUAUGAAGAUGUGGAUAUGUCCAGGUCUGCUAUUCUAUCUCAAUCAACAAAUAGACCACCAGUACCCAGUCCACCAAACAGGCGGAGUAACAAGACGGGAACAACAGGAUCUGCAACAGACGAUGACAUUCCCAUAGCUCCACCAAGGAGGAACAAAAAGUCAGAGAGUGGAAACAUGAAUAUGAACAAAUCAUUUCAAAGCUCCUCAAAUGAAGUUGAGACAUUUGAGGACAGACCUUCCCAACCAUUACCCCGACGACCCGGUCUUCCACCCCCACCUUCUAGGCAGAAGGAGCCAGCCGUGCCGCCACGCCCCAGUGACCUUCAUUCUGCACCCAUUCCACCCCGACGACCUCCCAGCAUCAUGAGGGCUUCCAUCGAUGCUGGCAAUGUGAAACCUCAUGGUGGUGCCCGACCUAAGACGAUCCAUCUGUCAUGUCGCCAACAGUCCACUUCACCAUCAUCAGGGGCCCUCACAGUGAUGAACCUUAAGCAGAACCAGGUGGACAUUAUCAGAGCGGAGAUAGAGUCGACCGGGGGAUUGGUGAAGAUGAUCUCAAAACAACACUUCACAAGUGGGCUCGCACUUGUUGAAUGCUUUGGGAGAAUAUGGAUUUGUGGCUGGGAUGUGAAGAAGUUCCCACGACUGUAUGACAAGUUUCAUAUUGGGGAUGAAUUGACGGCAAUCAACGAUGUACAGGUCUCGGAACUCGCAUUUGCCAAUAAACUCGUUAAAAAUGUCAAAGCUGAGAGCAUUGAAAUCACGAUUAAUCGGACACCACUUGCACAGGUGUUUGCUAUACAGCGGGCUGCGGAAGGGGAAUGUCUUGGUAUACGAAGGGAUGGUACAAGUGCUGAGAUCAUCUAUGUGGACCCGAAUGGCCUUGCCAGUAGACACGGUCUGCCCAACAAGGCAAAGGGUAUGGAAGGGGGACCAGUCAACUGGAUGCUGACUGAGGUCAACAUGAGACCUCUUAACCUUUUCUCUAAAAACCAGGAGAUCGAGCAUCGGCUGUUGGCGGUGGGACGGGACAUCUCCGUCGUUGUUCAGCCUUCAGACCUCGUCAAAGAGAUCAAGAAAAACAUGAAAAAACUGAAAAACCACAAGGACUUUCUCCUACACUGAUUGUGUUUCACAUGGAUUAUUAGUAUGUGUUCUUUGAACUUCAUAUAAUGCAAGGUUCUGAAUUUCCGGAUCAGAGGCUUCAAGGAUACCUUGGAGAUUGAUGUUAGUUUUCAUGUGGGAGGUUGAGGGGUCUUGGAAGGUCUCUGAAAUGUCAAACUGUUUUGCUGAGAUGCAUUAUAGAAGGUCUCUGAGGUCAAUUUUGAUCGGGGCUCUGCCUCUUGCAGCCCCAAGAAUGGGUCUUAAUCCCUGCUGUAUUUCAGGAUUGACAAUUAUCAAUUAUCAGGUGUUACAACCCAUUCAUAAUCAUUCCUAUUUCAUAAUUAGGGGCCAGGAGCCUUGUUUCAACAAAUAUCUUUCAGAUUUAUCAGGUGCAAGUUUAAUGUGAUGUUAUGGCUAAGGAUUGUUAGUAUGUACACACAUACAAGUUUUUAACUGGUCUACAUUAUAUUGUGUUUAGUUCCCACUAACUUGGCCAGCCAAUGUUUAUAUCUACCGCAUCACCUGAUUAAAAUCAAUAACAGCUGACUGCUGAUUUACAGAAAUAUAUGUAUUGGAAAACAUGUGGAUUUUUUUUUUCCGCUCAUUGAACAAAAUAUAAUGAUGACCACUAAAUCGUGUUUAAGAGUUAUUCUAAAUGGCGUGUGCCCUUUAUGUAUUUUAUGUUUUUAGCUCUCCUGAGCACAAAGUUCUUUGUUAUGCUCUGCCUUUACAAUGGCUUUGUUACUAACUUCAGGUGAAUAAUGUUAUAUUUUAUUGUUGAUUUUUGUAUUUUUAAAGAGACUUAUUUUACGGUAUACAGUACAGUAUAUUAAAACUGUGUCAUAGUUCUGUCAGUUAAAUGUGUGAUAGUUUUGUGCAUUGACUAUUUCUUAUAAUGCUUUAAAGCAUUACAAAUUUUAAAGGUAUAGGAUAUACAUUCUCAUUCAUCCGAGUUUGAUUAUGCUAAAUCGAAUGGUAUGCAUAGCAUCAACACUCUGGUUAACGAGAAUAAGAAUUUAGGGUAUUUUGCUAUAAUAAUAUUUAAUAAAAAAAGCCUAUCAAGGAAUUUUGCAAAUAUAAAUGGUAUUAAUGUAGACUUUUUUGAACAUUGCUUCAAUAUGUUUCAAAAUUGUAAAGACAUUUAUACUAUAACAUUUUCUUGUUUCUGUAGGACAAUAACAUUUAACUUUGCAUCGAGUCCGAAGGCUAAAAACUUUUACUGAAUAUUCUUGUAUGGCAUUUUAUCAUGUAUGAUUGCUUGCAUGUUACAUUGAAACUGCAGCUUUGUCCAUUUUUAAAUUGUCCGGUUUUUGAAGAAAAAAAGGAAGGUAUUGUCAUAGCCAUGGUGUCGUUGUCAUUGGCGUUGUUGUAAAUAAUCUUUAACCUUGCCCAUAAAUAAAAACAAUGAUCAAGAUAUUCAAAUACAACUAUAUACACAUGUUGCUAGAGACAAUAUGCGCAUUUAUAGCAAGGGGCAUAACUCUGUCUAAUAGUUAUGGAGCUAUACCCCUUGUCGACUGAAAACACAAGAACAGAUAAUCGUUGUUCGCUCCACAGCGCUCUUGUUAUAUUUUUGAUAUCCUAAAUGUGUAAAUACCUGCAAGCAAGAGAUUGACUUGUUUUUGCCAUAUAUAAAUUGUAUACAAUUGUAAAUAGUAUUUGUAUUUUGGGCCAUUAAAACAUUUUAAUAGUAUUGAGAUAUGGUAUUGCUUUCAUAGACAGUCCAUGUUAUAAUUCUGUUAAGUGUGUUAGUUAGAAGAUAAUGAAGAAAGCAUGUUAAAUCUAGCAGAUCUCUUAUAGUGGUUAUCACAAAUGAUUCGUUUUUUUAAGAAGAUGCAAGUCAUUAUCAUGAUUUUUGCCAUCUGCUGCUUAUAUUCCGGAUCUGUACUUCUUAUUUUUUUGAUGAGAAUACCAAUAAUGACAAAAUCAUCCAUGGAAUUGUAUGUUAGAUAAGAAAACUUAUAUUAUGGUAUACUGGAUAAAUAACAAAUGAAGUUCUUUUCAGGAACCACUUUUGCUGUUUUACUGCUGUUAUAAUUUUUUUAAAGAGGGGUACCAAUUUGAUUUCUUUAUAUUGAUGUUGUUAUUGAUUUAUAUUUAAUUUAUUUUGACAAAUGAACCUUCUUUCUAGGGUAACUGGUGUUGAUAAUGAAUUAACAAGAGUCUUCUUUUCAGGAAUAUGACUUGUUAUUUCAUUGUAAUUGUUCAAAUAGAACUUGAGUCAUUUUCUCUCAGUAUUUAUAUUCUAUGUUCACAUAUAUGUUCUUGUACUAUUUGAAAAUACCUUGAUGUUUAUAUGUUGUUGUUUUUGUACAUUGUUUCACUGUUUUUCUGUUUACUUCCUGUGUUCUAUAAACAAAGUAGACUUUGAAUUUAUCUUUAUACACUCAAUGACAAAAAGAGAGUAUACAUUUAUAUAUAUAUCAGAUAAAUCACUUUCUGGGAAUAUUUUUUCAACAAGUGGCAAUAUCUGUAAAAGACUAUCCAUAUUCAUUGAUACUAGCAAAUUUUGCUUUCUCUUAUUGUGCUCUUUAAAAAAAUCUGUUUUUUUUUUUCUUUAGAAAAACAUGAUUUGGGUUAUUUUCUGUCGAUGAAAAUGGACCAUUUCAAAACAAAAAUGACCUAGUAUGUAAGAGGCAAUCUAAAACUCAAAAAGCACCUUCUUAACCAUAGGGCCUGUAUAUGUUACUUUUUCACCACCAAAAUGUUUUCGGUUUGUUAAUCACCAAUAUUCCUAAAACUCUAUAUUACCUGCAUUGGAAUCUGUUUUCAUGAGAUUCUUUACUGAUAUAUAAAAAACAUGAAUGAGUUAAAACAAUUCAGGAAGUGUUAGUCAAAUAAUUAUGAGAUCAUUCAAGAAACCAACAUCAAGAAGACACCAUUGAUGGCCGACUUAAUUAAAACUAUUUGCAGAUAACACAAGAUAUACUGGUGGUAUUUUGCUGAAUACACUGUUUCACCAUUUUACUUCUAAUUUUUAUGGCGCUGUGUCCUUUGUAUGUGCAUCUGUAAACAAUUGCUUGUCAACGCAAUACUGAUUUGAUUGUUUUAUCAAACUAACACAGUAAUUAGAUUUCCAUGAGAGCUUGAUUCCUUUCGAAGCCAGCAAGAUCCACCCAUGCAAUCCUGCUCAGUAUUUUUGAAGGGAGACAACUUAGUGCAGAGAGUUGUGUAUUAUUGUUGUAAGGUUUUUUCCCUUUGUUCGAAAGUAAAAGUAUUUUCUAAGGGAGACAAAUUUGUACAGAGAGUUGUGUAUGAUUGUAUUACUUGUGGAACAUACAGUUCACUGAUUGCUUUGAAUGUGAGUUCAGUAUAUAACCCCCAGAAAACAUGUCUGUAAAGCAUACAUUGUAGGCCCUUGUAGGCUUCUUGUUUAUUUUUCAUUGUUAUAAGAAUCCGAAUAAAAUGUGGGAAAGAAUAAUCACAAUGAUUAGCUAUAUAAAGUUAUUAAUUCAAGUUUCAAAUAAUAUAACGUCCAUUGCAAAAUAAAUCAAAAAAAUUAAACACCUCAUUUAAAAAUGUCAUUUGCAAUAAUAACCAUAUAAAGAAGUGGGAGAAUAAAAAAUGUAUACUUUUGUUUGUCGUAAAGUGUAUAACAUUUUGAAUGUUCAACAUUUAUUCAAAGUUUAUGUAGCUGAAAAAAGGGCCGAUUGUUCAGAAAAUUGUUAAAGCUAACAGCUUGUUAACUUCAUUUUGAUAACUGUUAAAUCUUUGAUAUUCAGUUUCUUGGACACACAUAACAAGAUGUGAUCUAUGGUACUUUUCACAAUUAUUGAUACAAAUGAUUUAACUAUAAUUAUAUAAACCACAUGACUAAAAUAAUCAACCUUUUAAAGUUAACAAUGAUGCCUUUAAUAACGUUGUCAACUUUGACAAAGUUCUGACCAAUCAACCCAAUGUUAUACUGUAACAAUUCAUAUUGGCAAUGCAUGUCAGAUAAGUUAUAGUUUAAUCAUGUAAAUAUAGUGCAUUUAUAUAUUAAAGCUACACUCUCACAGACUUACCGUUUUUACAACUUUUUUUUAUUUUUUGUCUUGAAAAAAGAAAAUUGUUUGCGUAAAUAUCUACAAACUAAUGAUAAGAGAUUGCUGACAAAAGAUAAGACCGCAGAUUUGAAUAUUUCCGUUCGAAAAUCAAUGUUUUAUGGCUAAAGGUCUAAAAAAAAAUGCACAAAACAUUAAUUUUUGAACUUAAAUAUAAAAAUCUGCGAUCUAUAUUUUUUCAGCAGUCUUAUAUAACUGUUUUCAAUGGAUUUUCACAAAAAUUCGCUCGUUAAAAGACAAAAAAAAAUAAAAAAAAGUUGUCUAAACAUUCAAUCUGUGAGAGUGCAGCUUUAAAGCUGCACUCUCACAGAAUGACAGUUAUGACUUUUUAGUUUUUGUCUCAAAAUCGGCUGAUUUUUUGCAUUAAUACCUUCAAUUCAGUCAUAUAAGCUAACUCACAUUAGAACACAUCUCAAUUAUUUGGAAAACUUCUGAAAAUAUCACUUUUCUUUCGCGUUAGUAACGCGUUUAGCCAUAAAACAUCAUUUUUCAAACGUAAAAACGAAAAACUGCUAUCUGCUUUUUUUUCAGCAGUCUUGUAUCAUAGGUUAUAAGACAUACAGAAAAAUCGGCUCAUCCAAAGACAAAAAAAAAUAAAUAUAAAAAGUUGUCAAAACGGUCAAUUAGUGGGAGUGAAGCUAAAAGAACUUGUUCAUAGAUACCAAACAUAACCAAAUAUUUGUUAUUUCUUGCUCAUAUUUUAUCUAUCUUUUGAAACUUUCUGUUACUUACAUUAUCUGUUAUGAUGCAUUUUAUAAUCGUUGCUUGUUUAUUUUGAAUCACUUUAAUAUAAGAAUCACUUUAAUGAUUGAAUAAAUUAUUAUUUUGGUAAAUAAAUUUACUUUUACA